GAUCGUGUUUGACACGAUCGGUAAGGGCCGACUGUAAGCCCGAAUAUUCACCCGCUGUUUAGCCACACUUAUCGAGGGCGCCUAAAGACAAACCAGCUAAGCAGUUCGCCCAGAGGCGCCGGUCAAGAUGGAAGCAAAAAAUACCCACCUAAUAAAGCUACGAGAAAUGAAAGAACUAAUGGAUCUGAUCAAUCCACCGCCAGUGUACAUUGAAAGGAUACCAGAGUUAAGAAAAAAGAAACCUGAAGAUGAAGAGCCACGAUCGUCCCGAUCGAGGCUGUGGAGAACGAAGAAAAUCAUAGAUUACACCAACCCAAUUGACGAGAUUCUGGUGCGUAAACCUCAACCGAAACCAGAACCUUCCAAAGCUGCCAAACCACCACGAUCCGGAGGUAGGAAAGCGAAAAAGGUUGAAGCACCUCCAGAGAUAGUAGCGCCGCCUGAGCGAAGAGUCAGUUUCAUUGAUUCGAUGCCCAACAUCUUGUGGAACUUUGAUCAAGGAAAAGUUAAAGAAGUAGUUGAGAUUCCAAAGUGGAUGGAACCCUUGGAUACGACCGGCUUCUUCGAGCCUCGCUAUGAUCUGCUACCGAUGGAGUUGAUCCUGAUUAUUUUCAAGCAAAUUACCACCAGCGAUCGGCUUGCUGCUGGUGAAACCUGCUGCCGAUGGAACGAAGCAUCCCAUUACUACGAACCAUUCCUGGACCAGACUUAUUACCAUUUCGAUCGGGUUGAAUUCGGUGAUCAAGUUGUUCCGUUUAAAUAUUUUAGUAAAGGAUUCCGGUAUUACCCGCGAUUAGUGUUCACUCAGGUCGAGUUCAACAAGCACAGUGACUUCUGGGAAGUUCAUGGACUGUGGAUCACGGAGCUUACCCUACGUUCUUGUGUCAUCAGGAAGAAGAAAUUCCUAUCGAUCAUGCGGAACCUUCUGAACUUGCGCCGACUUGAACUGAUGCAGUGUGAUGAAUUGUUCAAAAACUGGACCAUCGAAUACAACACUCAAGAGCCGAUGUUUCCAUUCUUCUUAUUCAGCCUCAAGCACCUGUCGCUCUCCGGUUGCGACUACUUCAACGAGUUCCACUUCGAGCGUUUCAUCACAAUGGCCCCGAAUUUGCAAUCGAUCGACGUGUCCAACUGCUUCAUAAACCUGUACCUCUCCAAGCGGAUCACAAUGCUCGAACGAGUGAUGAAAUUGAUCAGUCGCAAUCGGCAUCACAUGAAAUGCCUGAAUCUUACCGACACUCCAUGCGUGGAUGAUUUCACGUGGCAUUGCCUGUGCGACAUCGAAGGUCUUCGUCUCACACACUUCACCAUGGCCUACAGUGAGCGUGUACCUCUGAAGGACCCCGGAAUCAUUCGAUUCUUUACAAUCCAAACCGAACUCACACAUCUGGAUCUGACGUCCUCCAUCGGUCUCAAUGACGAAUGCAUGCAGAUCAUCAUCACCAGCUGCCCGCUACUGCACACACUUAAGAUCCGUCGCUGUUGGCUACUCAGCGACGAAGGUGUCGUCGAUAUGCACACGCUUCAGCACCUCCGGGUCCUCGACAUCUCCAGCUGUGAACGAAUCAGCGACUUUGGCAUCAACACAUACAUUGUCGGGAAACGUCAUCGCGAGAUGCACGAGAUCUACCUAUCGCUUCUGAACAACCUAUCUGACUCUACCUUGUACUACAUCAUUGUGACCUUCCGAAACCUUCAAAUCUUGGACCUGGACAGCACGGCGAACUCCGUCACAGACGAAGUCAUUCAGUAUACCAUAUGCUACCUGCAUAACCUUCGGCAUCUGAACGUCAUCGCUUGCACGAAGCUUACGGAUGCUGGAUUCACUGGAAUCGAUCUACCGCAGAAGACGUUUGCCAUCUGGGAUAUCGAAGAAACCUUUUCCAUCGACCGACUGAAGAAACUUAGAGUACUUAAAGUUUCCGGGUGUUACAAACUUACGGACUUUUCGUUGAGAUACGCUUUUCGGUUCAUGGAACUUAAGGAGUUGAACUUAUCCAGAUGUCAUCAGCUCUCGAAGCAGGGGAUCGAGAAACUAGUAACAAACUGUCCAGCGUUGGAGUAUCUGGACCUGAGCGAGUGUCCCAACAUCAACGACUGUUGCGUUGAGCUCAUUGCGCAGAACUUGAAACGACUCAGUACGCUGAAGCUGGCAAACUGUCCACUGGUCAGCGAAGUUGGUUUAAGUUAUCUGUCCGAGCACUGCAAAAACCUGAAGUACUUGUACGUUAGAGGAUGCUUCAAGCUGCCCCCGGAUAUCUCAGAACGACUGGCUAAUAUUUCCACACUUAGACAGGUGUACAAAUCCUAGAACAUACAUAUUAAUUCUACUAAAGUCUGAAUUCUGUUUUUUUUUUUUGUUCUUUCCGUCAAAAUGAAAUGCAAAUAAAAUAUUAUUAAUAAGCACUCA